UGGAUUUGCAUUUUGUUUUUGGUUUACGUCUUCACCAAAAUUGCAACAAGGGCCAUUGCUGUGUGGUGUAUUAGUCUGAAAUAUUUAAAUAUCAACAAGAAUUAAGAAAUGAAGUCCAAAAAGCGUCGCCAUACAUCAUCCGAUGAUUCCGAUGAUUCGGAUGCAAGUUGUAAUAGCAGUUCUUCUGGCAGUGAUAGUGACGAUUCUUCCGCAUCGGAGCACCGCUAUAGCAAAAAGAAAAGGAAACGUGCUGAUUCUUCGGACUCCGAGAGUGAAUCAGACGAUCAAAAACGCUCAAAAAAGCGUAAGCAUAAGAAAAAGAAGAAGAAGCAUGGCAAGAAGAAGCGCCGGUCAGAUUCCGUGGCAGUGAGUGGGUCGGGCGCUGAGGAAGUGUCUUCGGUCAGCGAAGGCGAGAUAUCGAAGAAAAAGCGUAAACAUAAGCAUAAACACAAGCGUGCACGAAGUUCGUCGGCCAGUGUUCGAGAUGAAGAGCAAAUGCAACGUCGCCUCCACAGUGUAGUAAAAGAACGUCGCGGUUCCUCUGAAGAACGCAAUCAACCAAUACGGACAUAUUACAAUCAGAAAGAAUACCAAAGAUCAGUAUCACCGGAAGAUUAUGAAAGGGAUCGAGAAGUGCAAAGUUCUACCGGGGCUCCAGUAAGGAGAGGCGGCACCAGUAUCCAGAUCAGUAUCAGCACUAUGAUAGGGGGGAUCGUAAUGAUAGGAAUCAAAGGUUUGAAGACCACAGGUCUCCAGAGGAAGAGUAUCAAAGGAGACCAAGAGAACAAGAUGAACGGUACCAUCCAAGAGAAGAAAUGA